CCCAUGACAACCCUACGUUUGAUCGAGUGUCCACCCUUCCGUUGUCUCACUUUACAACUCGCAUUCUAGUAGUCAAACCAUUCCUAUCGACACGAGCUCAAUGCGCCUAAGUAUCAUCAUUUUGGUGCUAUCAUCGGUCUGUUUCGCACCCCGCACUAGCUCGGCUGCAACUGACCAAGCAACUUCUGCAAGAUUUCUUCGGGGCUACGAGACAGCGGACGUCGAAGAAAGAGCUCCGACGAUAAAGGGAAAGUGGCACUGGGGCCCCUUCUCCAGUGCAACUUGGGAGAAAAUGCUUAAAGACAGCACGUAUCGGACGAACAUGUUCAAGAAGUGGGACAACUACCAAUAUGAGACAAUCAAGGCGAGAAUUGGAGAAGAAAUCAUCCAAGGAAACGAGGAUCUUGCCAAGAUGAUACUGAAUUAUGUUCAAAACCACCGCGUCUACACGUAAGAGGUUGCUGCUGAUGACGAGAAGCUAGUAGAGUGGAAAGCACAUUGAAUGAAUGCAGGUUUGCGCAUUAACCGUUGUGAUGAAGAUCGCAAUUUAAAAGAGGGAUAGAGAUGAACACAUGA